AUGUGUUUCGGUUCUUCUUCAAGGAGCAAGGACGUGGAGUACUACCCGCCUCCCCAACCAGUCAUGUACUACGCAGAUAACGCCCGCUACAACCACAAAUACACUGCCAAGAAGCCACGUCGUCGCGGAGGUCGUCACAAUAACAACGGAAUUUAUGCUACCAUCGCCGCUUCUGCUGCUGGCGGUGGCGGGGGUGCAUGUUAA